ACAUACAUGACAUAUUCAUAAUUCCUGCGAAGUUCUACAGAAUUUGAGGUUGGCUGCAAAAGGGACAUAGUACCUUCAAGUUACAAUAUUUCCACAGGACUUGACCGACUACGGUACGGUUAUAUACGAUAGAAGACCAACAAAAAAAUCAAAUAAUGAUGAUUCAGCUAAACUAAAAGAUAGAUAAUUAUGGAUUGAAGUAUAUGAAGAAGGAAAAAUCACGAGUCAUCUCAGUUGACAAAAAACAGUGAAAAAUCAGUCAUAAAGAUCACGUCUUAUCUCGACAUGUACCAUCUUUUUUAUCAUAGGGGUCAAAAGGUUGUUAUGUGCAAAGAUACCAUGCUUUAUAUUGGACGUUAAUUACGAAGACAGUUCAAUGUCUAUUUUAUUCUACUCCACAUUUUGCUAUGCUUGGUAUUAAAUCAGUGCUAGAAACAUCAUUUCUAGUGACAGUAUUAUUUUGACAAGUGCAAAGAAGUAACUGAAGAAUUUUAACUGUAAGACCGUACUCUUUCGUUAGUUAGCCAGUACACCAGCAGGUCGAGUCACGCCGUAUUCGUUCUUCAUCACCUUCAUCGAAAUCGAUAUUUGCGUUCUAUGAUCAAGACAAUUCUUAAGAACCAUUCUUGCAGUUUCUUGCAUUGUCAUAGCAUUAGACAUCGGUUAAAGCAUCGUGUGAUUCAUAGGCUUUGUAGGUGAGUUGGAAGGAGUGGUGAUGUGGCCUCUGGAUGCCUUGGAAACAUCCCGCUAACACACAUCUUUGAGGAAAUAAAAGAAAAGUAGGCGGUCGUGGGGGAUAUCUAACAAUGGCGGCAAGUAAUCAAGGAGACGAAGUAUCAUUGUCGAAGUCGAUCGACGAGGUGGACAUCAAGCCAACACGACAGCGAGUCAGCGCCAUCAAAGACCUCUACGAACAAGCGGGCGAUGUCGGUGACCAAGAUGAAAAUAACAGCGAGGGCGCUGUGAAGCUCAAACGUAGAAUGAAUCUGCUCGAUGGCGUCGCCAUCAACAUCGGCAUCAUCAUCGGAUCGGGGAUCUUCGUGUCUCCUAAGGGUGUCCUGGCCGGUGUCGGCAGUGUGGGCGCGACAAUGGUGGUGUGGGCUGUUUGUGGGGUGUUCUCGAUGGUCGGUGCUCUCUGCUAUGCCGAGCUUGGCACUAUGAUCCCGGCCUCGGGCGGUGCCUAUGCCUACAUCCAACUCAUCUACGGCGACUUCUUCGGUUUCAUGCUCCUCUGGAUCGCCGCUGUCAUGGCGCAACCGGGAUCGAUGGCCGUCAUCGUGCUGACGUUCGCAAACUACAGCCUGCAACCAUUGUACCCCAAUGUGGAAUGCCCACCACCUAGGGCACCGAUUGUUCUCAUCGCCAUAAGCUGUACCAUCGUGGUUGUACUAAUCAAUGCAAUCAGUGUUCGGUGGUCUUGCUGGAUUCAAGAUGUGACAAGUGUCUGCAAGAUCGGCGCUCUCAUUAUUAUUAUCAUCUCUGGUAUGGUAGAACUCGGACAAGGUACGUCUUACUACUUCUACUCUCACUUUUUGAAGAAAAAAUAGGAUAAGUAUGUAGCGACCCAUGUACGAAAUUAAGUUACCUACUACAUGUAUCUAUAUAUGUUGUAAUCUUUGCGAUGUGAUUUUAGAGCUUACAUAUAGCGCCGUAAAAGCUAGAGGAGGUGGAUGCCGGUGUCGCGGCGAGAUGUGUCUUCGUGAAAUCACGUCUAUAGGACGCAUCUCACCGCAUUCUACUGGCGAGAUGUAUCUUCUAGAUCGGCGAGAUGAUCAUGAGUCUGCGAUUGGCGAAAAGUGUCCACUGACCGAAAUUCACACCGACACUAUACAAGAAGCGAUCACCAUCACCAUCAUAAUCAUCAAUAUAAAGAGAACAUCAUAUAAAUUGUUCAACUGCACGAAAUGGUUAGCUAACUUUGUAAAACGAAAUCUAUUAUCAGUCCAACGGGCUAUGAAAAUGUUGACUAAGUUUCAUGUGUUCGGGUUUUGAAUUGUAAUCCAAUGCUUGUUAAACAAUGUAUGUUACUGACGUAGUACUACGUCAUCGACUGACACGGUCAUUACUUACUAACAUAUUCAAAUGUUAUGCAUACUGUGUCAAGAAAAGUUGUUCUUGACAACCCGAAAAUUAUCCCUAUGUUUGCCCGACAUAGAAACAAGUAAUGUUUGCAGACUGGAUAACAGGUUAAAGGAAAACCUCGUCACUAGGUCCCUGGAAAAGAAACAUCCAUAAAUUUGAAAUGAGUAAACCGGUCUAUGGACAGUUAGAUGCAUUGUGCUCUAAAUUAUGAUUUAAGAGCUGGAUUGGGUUUCGUAAUUAUUCUGUGAUGAAUCUCCUUAAAAAAAAGGAGAAAAGAUACGUUUUAAAGUUUAUGCAUCGUGUGUACUACGCCUAUUUGACGUUACACUGUAUAGGACCCAAUGAGACGUAUUAAGUAUUCUUUAGGAAAAAAACAUUAUGAUACUUUCUUGUUUAAUAUGCUCUUCACAAUAUCAAUAUUUUCUCUUUUUAUAAUGUACUUAAUUCGAAUUAACUUAAUUUUAUUUCAUGUAUAUCAUCGAUAACUGUAAUUUAUUGUUAUAAAAUCAAUAUAAUAAAGCUAUUGUCUUUGUGGUAAGAGUAGUUUUUGACGAAAUGAACUUUUCAACAGCGUUUUGAUGUGUGUGUGUUUACACAGAUGGGAGAGAGGGAAAGAGAGAGAGAGAGAGAGAAAUAAAAUUAAGGAGCGAGAACUGAUAAGUGUGUAUCUUAUCUUAUGGUCUAAUUUAUUAUUUUUUGCGUGAAAUUUAGAUUGUAAUUGUCAUGAUUGAGGUGAAACAUUUUUGCGUGGAACUGCUCCCCUAAAUGUCCAUUUCCCUCCGGAUCAACUUUAGUUUUGAAUCAAUAGCGAUGAUCCAGCUGAAUUAUCUUUGUCAUUAUCACAAUGAUGGGUAAUACUAAUAGUCAAUGGCGUAGCUAAAUGGGCCACGUGACCC